AUGGCUGCCGCCAAGGUCGCACCUGCCGUUGUCAACAUUUCUAAUGUUUCUACGGUUCAAGGUAAGCCUCCAGUAAUCUAUUUCUCAGAAGUUACAUGUUCAUUUCACCAUCCAAUAAAAUAUCUUUUGAAUGUUCCUGCACAUUUUCAGGUUAUUUUGGAUUAAUGGUUGGAAAGAGUGUUGGAUGUGGCACAAUAAUUGAUCCCGAUGGUACAAUUUUGACUUGUGCUCAUGUCGUUGUCGACCCCCAAGGCCCAAGAACAGUUUUCAAGAGAAAGGUGGGUGCUCCCUAAAAAUUGAUGGUCGCAGUGAGCCCAUUUUUCGCCCAUAUUCACACUUUCUCCAUUGAAAACGAUGGAUAGGAUGAGUCCAUUAUUAUUCUGUGUUUCCUUUAAACUUGAUGGGUCCAGGUGACCCCUUCAAAAUUGUCCUUUCCCUUAGACUGGUUGAUGACAUUUCGGGCUUUCAUAUCCAGUUUCACAUGUUUUCAGCCCUUCAAACCCCAUAAAACUUUUUCAUGCGGUGAGCCCUAGCUCAUAUGUGAACAUCUAAUUCCGAAUUUUUCUAUAUGUUAACUCACUAUCUGUAAAGGAGAACUUGCCAGUUCGGAAGUAGUGUUAAAUUACUUUAUAUCUUAGAUAAUACAGUUCUGUCGAGCGAAGUAUAUUUAAAUUCAAUAGUACUUUAAGCCUUUUGACUACUACAAAGACGUGAAACAGUGAAGGAAAUAUUUUCGAUGACGAAAAAUUAAAAAGAGGAAGAUGGCUAACCGGAAGGAAUUAACAGAUGGAUUGCUUUAUAGAUAGUUGACUAGAGAAUUGACGGCGAUGCAGAAAGAUAUUGUGAGGAAGAAAAUAAUAAAUUCUAUUAGGUCACACAGUCGACCAAUUAAGGUUGGCAAUCAUUGGCUGCACAUUUCAUCGUAAGCAUAACUAAGUUGAGGCAGGAUCAAGGGCACGAAUGGCAUUUUAUCCAGCAUUUUUCUUCAUACGGUUAGAAUCAGCAAACAGGAUGAACAUGCCAUUUUGGCUCUUAUCUGAUCAACAUUAGCAUAUGCAUUUCUAACCAAGACUGGCUUCAGGCCAGUGAUUCCCUGAUAAAAGCUGUGUUUAGUCGUGCUUAAGUAAAAUCUUUAUCCUUUUAUAUCCAUACUAACAAGCCCCAACUGAUGUCUUAGCUCCUGGCCACUAGUUUUUAUUUUGCUAUCAACCAGCUAAUAGAAAAACAUAAAGGAAAAGAAUCAUUUACAUUUAACAGUCACCACGUUACUUCUAAAUGCAACCUUUGACCUCGCCAAAUUUGCAUGAAGCUUUGAUACGUCUCCUGGUUUCGCCGUGUAGCAUUUAAUAUGGAGUUUCUUUAGUAUCUUUUCUUUUACAAAUUUCAAAUUUCAAAUAUAUGAAUUUGCUAGUUUGCUAUAUUUUUUUCUAAAUAUCCACAAAUAACUUUUCAGAUGCUUGAAUGGUUUUUCUAUUAUUAUUAUCCUAUUUUUUAAAACCAUUUUAUUUGCAUUUCUUUACUUUAGGGGCACACAUGAGGGAUUUAUUGUUCACGUAUCCAUUUUUAUAUUCAUAACCCUAACAAAGAGUAAUAGGUUGACGUGACCUUGCAAGAUGGACGAGUAUUUGAGGGAACUGUGCUCAAUGCUGACUUUCAAUCCGACAUUGCUGUUGUUAAAAUCAAAUCUAAGACUGCAUUACCAACAGCAAACUUUGGAUCAUCUUCUAAACUUCAACCAGGAGAUUGGGUGAUUGCUUUGGGUUGUCCUCUAUUUCUCCAGAACACCAUUACAGCUGGAAUUGUCAGGUAAUUGUACGGCUGUAUAAGGUCAGUAUCUUUUUUCUUGUGCUUUUUACUUGUGGAUGGGAAAGUAUCAUCCAUCUACAUCAGAAGUUUUAUCGAAUCAGGAUCCUAGCCUAAGCCGAACUAAGUAUCUCUUGCUUCUUUUAUGAUAAUGUUAUACAUAAGUUUUUUUGGACUGAAGAUCCCAAGAAACUGAAAGUGCGCCACCCAUUAUGAAGCAGUUUUGAGGUGGGAGCAUACUUGGCCUUGUGAAUAAAAGUAAAAAUACAGAGAUAGAUACUAGAAAUGAAAUUGAAAUAAAGCUACUUACUGCAAAGGACCUACCCUACAGAAGAUUGGACACAUGUCAUCUGACAGCUGUCUCUUCACCUGUUUAGUGCAUCUAUUUAGUGGAUCCAUCAAGUAUGGUUUCAAAAUGAUGUUGCAAAAACCUUUGUAAUGACAGUUCUGAGUUAUAUACGGUUUUGUUAUCGAAAGUACGCCUGGCUCGUUACAUUAUUUAGUGACGAGUGCAUUUUGUGUUAUUUUACGUUUGGAUAUUUCGAGAAAUGGACAUUACUUGAGAAUUUUGUUCUCUGGGGAUCAUAAAUUUUAUUUUUCUCUUAUAUCAGUUGUGUUGAUCGGAAAAGUAGUGACCUGGGUCUUGGUGGAGCACGAAGGGAAUAUCUGCAGACUGACUGUUCAAUCAACGAGGCAAGAUGGUUUUUUUACUAUAGUACUACUUAACAGUAAUCCAUGCGGUGACUACAUUUUAGUUUGCCCUUUGAUUUUAGAGUUCUUAUGAUUGUGCUUUCUUUUCUUCCCCUCAUGUUAGUGAGAAAGUAACGCCAAUCAAAGGGUAAAUGAAAUCACUGUGUCACGUGAUUUCUUGUAUGUUCUUCCUCUCUUUCCGUUUACAUGGAAUGAAGAGGGAAAGACAUCUAUAAAGGGCAUUUUGUGUGAUUUCAAGUUUCUCCUGUCAAAGAAAUAUUGGGUUAGGAGCAAAUUACCUUGUUGAAGACCUUCAUUUCAACUUCAUGAAGCUUCUAUAUUUAAUUCCCUUCAUGUAAAUUUCUUUUGUUUCUGAAAAUGGAUUGAUAUGUACAGGGUAACUCUGGUGGUCCACUUGUAAACCUGGAUGGUGAGGUUGUGGGUAUUAACAUCAUGAAGGUUGCAGAUGCUGCUGGUUUGAGUUUUGCGGUACCAAUUGACUCAGUUAUUAAGAUCGUAGAACAAUUCAGACAGAAUGGGUAUGUUCUCUAUUGAAAUAUAUUAUCCCCGAGGAUUGUGAUUCCAAGGUCCCUUGUGGAUGAGUCUGAUACCAAUCUGUUGUAUUUUUUUUCAGCCUGGCAGAUUGUGCCAUUAAAUUAAUUGUUUGAAUGAGGUGGACCAUGGCUAUUAGCACUUGUUAUGCUAAAUAGGAUUUAUAGUAGACCAUUUGUUAGGAUGUUGGGAUGAAAGGUGGCACAAACUUGAGAUCUUUCCCUGCUUGCUGAACUAAUUUGACCCUAUGUCUUGAUUAUUUGUCAUUCCACUCUACUUAUGAAAUGGAACGACAGCAGAAAAAUGGAAGAAACUGGCUGUAGAUCCUCAGUUACGAGAAAGUACCAUGUCAAAGUUGGUCCUUUGGUCUCCUCACUCGGAAUUUUGAUUCUAGAACUGUGCGCUGACCCAAACUAGCCACCUCCAUUAAACUGGCAUGGUUUAAUUUCAUAAAGAGAAAUAAAUAGCUGCAUUUCGUGGUAGCGUUCUGUUGGUAAACAGAGUCGAAUGGUAGAGAGAGGAUUUGUUUGUAGGGUACCAGAGGAACCUUGUAGGAAGCCAGGCAAAGCUCGGGAUUCCUCCUCGAAGCGCCUUGCCUCAAGGGGCUGUUGAGGGUAGGGCUCUUUGUGUAGCGUAGAGAUUUGCACUUUCAGGCUUCUGCAAAGCCUUACCUCGGACCAUUACCCAGCAGGCCACACUCGACCAGAUUUUGGAUCUGAGCUUUUCACUCUCCAGCCUGAAACAUGGCUGAGUGGCCUUGCAGAGCUUCUUGGCUAACCUGGAUGGUGGGCACCAUUAUCAGCUGGAUUCUCAGGAUACCGACUUCUCUUCUUGGUAGUUGUGCUGUCUUUCAGAACUUAUUUCUCCGAGUUCACACGUUUGGAAAUGUCUUUGUUGUUACAUCUCUUUUCCGUCAAAUACGUCUUUCUGAGCAUUCCCCCUAGCAUCCUCAAUCCCUGUGACUGUAAGGUCCCCCCCCCCUCCACUGAUGCACGUCCUCUUCCUCUCAAUUGGCCCGGAACAGCUAUCUCUAGGCUUCCUUUGGACACUUGAUUGAGUUGUACCUUUGGCAGGAGAGUCGUCCGGCCUUGGCUUGGUCUGAAAAUGCUUGACCUCAAUAACAUGGUCAUUGAACAGCUCAAAGAAAGGGAUGUUUCUUUCCCUGACGUGACAAAAGGCGUACUAGUACCUGUGGUAAGCUUCCUCACUGCCUCUAAGAUUCUGACAGUGGCUUUGUAUCCCAAGAAAUGAAUUUCACUCCGUGGUUAUUAUGGGAUCACAUCUCCCUACAAAGCAAAGUGUUACUCUAAGUUUCUAAAGGAAUUUGGGGUAUUUUCUCUGGCUGUAUUAUGAUCCUUGAUAUGCAAGAAUCGUUGUAUCUGACAGUAUCCUAUGUCUGACAUUUAUAAUUUUCUAAACCCUAAACCAGGUUACUCCAGGAUCUCCCGGUGAGCAUGCUGGAUUUCGUCCAGGUGAUGUCGUCAUUGAAUUUGACGGCAAGCCCGUUGGAAGCAUCAAAGAGGUAAUCAAGCCAGUUUCUGAUAAUUUUUCAUGUGACAUCGUUUAAACAAAAGAAUGCGUCUUUCUUGUGCCUUCAUCCCUAUGUUUUUUUUCUCCCUAUUAUUGGAAUUCCUUGCCCCCUCCCCACGAUACGCAUCAAUAAUGUGCCAUCUGCAUACGACAUGCGCUGGAAUUUGCAUAAUUCUAGUCUUUAUGAUAACAUUAAUAUAUUCCGGCGAUUUAUCGUCUGCUGUAACAGAUCAUCGAUCUAAUGGAGAAUAAGGUUGGGGUGCCCAUCAAGGUUCUUGUUAAGAGGGCAAGAAACCAGGCUAAAAUCUUGACUGUAGUGCCCGAAGAGGCGAAGCCCAGCUUUUAA